UAUUGCUUUAGUUUUUUUUUUUGACUAUUUAGUAAGAAUAUAAAAAUGCAUAAAUUUCUGGUGCCUAUUCGUAAAAUAUAAAUAAUACAAUAAUAAGUAUUUACGCUUACUUGAAAAGUUGAAAAUGUCGUAACGCUGGUCCAGAACGUGAAAAGUGAUUUGAUGUUUGAUUUGUAACUAUUGUCUUGUAGACUAAAUGAUUUCCACAGUGGACAACAAAUUUAUAACCUUUUUUUUAGCUGUUUAAUUGUAACUUUACAUGCUCUUAUUUUAGAUUAGCUAAUUUAAUUAAAUAGAUUAUAUUUAAAUUAUAAUUUUUAUGUCCUUUAAUUAUUGAUAAAUAAUUAUAAACGUAUGCAAAUAGCACAUUUAAUUUAUUAUACUUAGAGUAAGAUUAUGGUAAACAUAAUGUCAUGUAUAAGACAAUUAUAUUGGUAAAAAGUUUAAAAUUUCAAUUACAUAUUUGUGAUAAUUAUAAUAAUAAUAAUAAUGAGUGCCAAUUGUAACCCCACAGUUUUUAAGUGGUCUAAUCUGGAAAUUGUUUUUUCUAUCUACGAGUUGACUAUAACGAGUACCAUUUGAUAUAGGUUUAUACUGAAAAUACAGCACAAUUCCGUAAUUUGUUACAAUAAAAUACGAUACGAUUAAUUUAAUUAAAUAGAUGAUAUUUAAAUUAUAAUUUUUAUGUCCUUUAAUUAUUGAUAAAUAAUUAUAAACGUAUGCAAAUAUCACAUUAAAUUUAUUAUACUUAGAUUAUGAUAAACAUAAUGUCAUGUAUAAGACAAUUAUAUUGGUAAAAAGUUUAAAAUUUCAAUUAAAUAUUUGUGAUAAUUAUAAUAAUAAUAAUAAUGAGUGCCAUCAAUUUUAACCCCACAGUUUUUAAACGAUUAUAAUUAUUUUAGUUAGUCUUAGGCAUACGCGCGCAAGAGUGAGUAAACACAGAUCACUGUUAUAAUAUUAUCAUUUUGUUAUACUUUAAAUUUUCUCACUUUACUUUUAUUUUAUUACGUACUCAUCGUAUUUUUAAUAUAAAAUGGAUCCAUCAAAAAAUAAAAAACGAUAUCAAUCAAAGAAGUUAUCGUUAAAAAAAAACCUGAGUUCUCGAAUGAGGGACCUUUUUGGAAUUCGUAACCAAAACAAGAACGAUUCUGAGGUAAUAGAACCUGUUGUGGAACCCUUUUUCUUAGGUGCUGAUAAUCAACCACCAUGUUCAUCAAGGGAAACAAACAGUGAAAUAACUAAACCGGAAGACAUUGAAAUUAAUGAUUUGGUUACUGAAGAAACCUUUCACAAACAUGAUUUGGUGUGUGAACAAUCUAUAUCUAGUAAUCAAUAUGUUGGAUAUGAAAACUCCGGUAGACGAAUAGUAGAUAUGAAUUACGUUUUUUAUCAAAUUAAAAAUAGUGAUCACAAAGGACCAUUUGGUUGUUCAUUUUUAAACAUGACGUUUAUUUCCGAAAAAAAACAUGGAUUAAGAUCAACUUUUAAAUUUAAAUGUGAUAUUUGUCAUAUUAUUAUGUUUAUUGACUCGGAAAAAUCGAAACCGGAAAGUUAUUUACCAAUUAACGAAGCCGCCGUUGCUGGGUCGAUAUCAGCUGGAAUUGGAUAUACGCAAUUAUCAGAAUUGUGCGCGACAAUGGAUAUUCCAUGUAUGGCGUCAUGUACUUUUGUAUUAGUUCAAAGAUUUAUCAACAAAAGAAUUCAUGAUGUCGCAGAAGCACAAAUGAAAAUCGCCGGUGAUGAAGAACGUCGUUUAGCAAUAGAAGCGGGAUCAGUAGAUACUGAUGGAAUUCCUAUGUGUACGGUUGUCGCAGAUGGACAAUGGUCUAAACGCAGUUAUAAGACUAAAUAUGAUGCAUUAUCUGGAGUGGCAACAAUAAUUGGUUAUAGAUCGAAAAAAAUUUUAUUUGUGGGCAUUAGAAAUCGGUUUUGUGUGAUUUGCCAGAGGGCGAAAAAUAAAAAAUUAAAUCCACCUGAACAUACGUGUUUUUUAAAUUGGAAAAGGGGUGCUACAAGUAUGGAAGCUGAUGGUGUUGCUGAUGGGUUUAAACAGAGUUUAGAAAUGCAUGGUCUAAAAUACAAUAAACUAAUAGGAGACGGAGACUCAAGCGUUACAAAAAGAUUAGCUGAAAUAAUGCCUUAUGGACCUAGACUACCCGUCAUAAAAAUAGAAUGUCGCAACCAUUUAUUGCGAAAUUAUGGGACAAAAUUAGUAGCUAUGACAUUAAAUACCAAGUAUCCGAUUUCGUUAAGAAAACAUUUAAAAUCAAAUAUAUUACGCUUUAGAUUUUCAAUAACUAAGGCAAUUGAGUAUCGUAAUAGUUUACAAGGCCAAACAGAUUACCAAAAAUCAGUAGGAUUACGACAAGAUAUAAAUAACAGUUUUCGACACAUUUUGGGAGCCCAUGAUCGAUGUGAAUCAUACUUUUGUAAGGGUACGCAAGGAAAUGAAAAAAAUAUGAUCGAAGAUGCCGAAAGAUCAGGGCUUGUGAGCGAUAUAUCCCAAUUAAUAUCUCGUUUAGUAGUAAAUGUUGAUAGUUUACUGAUGAAUGUUGACAAUAACGUAUGUGAACAAUUCAAUAGUGUAAUUAAUAAAUAUUUAGCGGGUAAACGAAUAAAUUAUUCCCAAAGAAAUUCAUAUAAUGCUCGAGUUGAAGCUGCGGUUAUAUCAUGCAACUCAGGUGGAAAGUUUCUCCGGUUAAUGCAUAAAAAUAUGGUCGAUGAAAUAAGUCCAGGGGAAAUAGGGAAAAAAUUUCUUGCAUCGAGUGAAAAGAAAAGAUGUCAGCCAAAAUCUAAAAAACUUCUUUUUCCUGGAAAUUCGGAAAAAAGGUAUAAUAAUGGCCCGGAUCAACAUUAUGGUUUAGCUGAACCAUUACCGGAAGAUAAUAUUUCAAAAGAAGAACUAGAAAAAACGAAAGAAAAUUUCAUUAAUGCCUUACGAUUGGACAAACAUGAACGGUUAGCCAUUGAAGAAAAAACAAGAGAUCAGGCCAAUUCACAAAUUUGGCAUGUUGAACGUCGAAGUCGACUCACGGCGUCAAAUUUUGGUCGCGUUUGUAAACUUCGACCAACUACGUCGUGCAAGAAUACAGUCUAUGAUAUAAUUUAUAGGAAGUUUUCUUCGAAAGCUACAGAUUAUGGUAAAGCCACUGAACCACAAGCUAUCGUCGCAUUGGAAAAACAAUUACAAUGUAAAGUAAAUCAAUGUGGACUUAUUAUUGAUGAACAUUUUCCUUAUUUAGCAGCUUCUCCAGAUGGCCUUGUCGGUGAUGAUUUUAUAGUGGAAAUUAAAUGUCCGUUUGGAAUAAAAGACACUAAGACAUUUUUAGAAGCUAUAAACAGUAAAAGGUUAUCCUUCUGUCGUCUCAGUGAAAACGGAAAAAUGAAAUUAAAAGUGGAUCAUAGUUACUACUAUCAAGUUCAAGGACAAAUGCAAAUUUCAAAACGAAAUUUUUGCUAUUUCGUUGUUUAUUCGGCGAAUUGGAUAGAAACACAAAUAAUUGGUUUCGAUGAUUCUUUCUGGCGCGAAAAAAUGAUUGAAAAGUUAAAAGUUUUUUAUACAGAAUGCUUACUUCCAGAAAUAGUCAAUCCCCAGUAUGGAAAGAGACUGUUGGUAGAUGACAUUUUAGAUCCUCAACAUAUUUUGGAAAAUAUAAAAACAAAACAAACAAAAAAAUUAAAGUAAAAAAACGAAAUA